CCCUGAUUGUUUCCCGAGAAAAACAAAUUUAAAGCAAGAAAAUAAAACAGGAAACUCUCUCUCUCUCUCUCUCCAUCAUCGUCCCAAACCCACCUCUCUGCAAACAAUGCAACAAGGAGACUACAGCUCUCUCUCCUAUUACCAAUACCCUCCAAACCCUAACCCUAACCCUAAUCCUAAUCCUAAUCCUAAUCCUAACCCUAACCCUAACCCUAACCCAAAUCCUCUGCCAUCAACAUACGCCUCAGCUCCACCGUUCUCGAACAAUUUCUCUUCCUCAGAUUACUCUGCUUAUUCCUCUUCAUACCCUCCAUAUCCUCAAAAUCCCGAUCCUCUACCUCCCACAGCUCCUUCUUACAAUCCAAACCCUAACCCUAAUCCUAAUCUACAGUCUUUCACUCCCUCACCAGCUCAACCUUACGAUCAGCAUGCGCCUUACCUGCCACCAACCCAGCCACAAUCGUACUAUCCACCGUUCGAUCAGCAUCAGACGGCUCCCAAUUAUGCCCCGCCAUCCUCGUUUCCUCCAAACCCUAACCCUAACCCAAACCCAAACCCAAACCCAAACCUACCUUACACCAAUACGUACUCGUCCCCUUACACUCAUAUAGGCUCUUCAGUUCCACCUGUAUAUGAAAAUUCACAUGAGAGUAACGUGAAAUUCGAUCAAGGUGGGGGUUAUUUGGAUGAAUUGUCAGCCAGGUAUGGUGGUGGUUUCGAUCGGAGUCGGUCUGAUUUGGGAACUGAGUCAUAUGGGAAGCGAUCGGAUAGUGGUUAUGAUCGGAGUCGGUCGGAUUUGGGAACUGAAUUAUAUGGGAAGCGAUCGGAUAGUGGGAUGUCUCGGUUUGAUUCGGGUCCUUCGUAUCGCGAUGAUGGGUAUGGUUAUGGUGAUGGUGUUUAUGCUUAUCAAGGGGGUAAGUCGGAGCCUUAUGGUGCUAGGGGCACGGCACCCAAGUCUUCAACUUGGUCGGGAUUUGAUGAUUUUGGAAGGCCAAUUAGUUUUCCUUCUGGGAAAGAUCAAUCGAGUUCAGCUGCCAAGAUUGUGAGGGCUGUUCCAAAGGCUGAUUCCCAGCAAGAUGUGAAGAGUGGGGUGCAGAAGUUUAGGGUUAAGCUAUUGUCUGAAAGUGGAAUCCAGGGCACCAUGGAUGUUCUUUGCCAGAUUGGUUUGGAUGGGAUUCGUAUGCUUGAUCCCAGUACAUCUCGGACAUUGAGAAUAUAUCCACUUGAGACAGUAACGAGAUUUGAGGUGUAUGAUCCAUCUACGUUUGCAUUUUGGUCAAAAAGCUCUGUGGAUAUUGAACCAAGACGUAUCAGACUGCAGUCAAACAGUUACACCACCAACACUAUUCUGGACAUUGUGACAGCUGCAACUGUACAGCUUAAAGAGAUGGGUGGAAGAAGCAAGCCUUCUGAUUCCUUGAAGCCCUCUGAGCAGCCUGCUGAGAAAAAGAAAGGUUUGGGUGACUGGAUGAACAUUAUAAAGCCUGGAAAUGAGGAGAAAGAUCAUUGGGUUCCUGACGAGGCAGUUUCCAAAUGCACUGGUUGUGGGAUGGACUUUAAUGCUUUUGUGCGCAAGCAUCACUGCAGGAAUUGUGGAGAUAUUUUUUGUGACAAAUGUACACGUGGUAGAAUUGCUCUUACAGCUGAAGAGAAUACCCAACCUGUUCGAGUUUGUGAUCGAUGCAUGGGAGAAGUUACUCAAAGGUUGAGUAAUGCUAAGGAAGCAGCCAGCAAAUUGGCUGGAUUGCAAACUCACGAGGAUCUUGCCAAGAAGCUUCAGGAUGAGAUGGAGAGAAAUCGCAAGGCAUCAUCAGGCUCCAAGUCAGAUGGAUCUGGUAGGCGGAUGAAAGAAGUUGCUUGUCCUACUUGCACGGUUCAUUUGCAGGUUCAAGUUCCCAGCUCUGGUUCCGAGACCAUAGAGUGUGGGGUUUGCCAACAGCCUUUCCUUGUAAGUUCCCACUGAUGUCACAUCCUAUGGUCAGCGGAGUUGCCAUUUUUCUCUUUAAAUUUUAUUUUUAAUGUUAAAUUUGUUGUUUGUGCUGCCCAGAAGUAAUAAUUUGGAUUAGCAUGUGUUUAUCUCUUGGUUCAAAUUGGAUAAGCUGGUUUUGCUUUAUUUGCAUGUACAUGAAAGUUUGUGUUAUCUUCAAAAUCUGACGUUUCGGGUGAUAUGUGAAUAGGAUGGUUUGCUCACAUUUAGAAUGUCAUCAAUUUAUUAAUCUGGAACUUAGUUGUGGAUUUCUUUA